CUCAUGUCAUUAAUUAAAUAGUCCUUCCCACUUUUUAAUCGUCAGAUUGCUGUGUCUAGAUCUAAGGGCUGGUAACAGGUUAGGCAAGUGACUAAGCACCCCCUUAAUCAUGGGAUCACACUCCGUUCGUAGAAUUUUUUUUUUUUUUUUUAAUUUCAAGCUGUUUGGUAUGAUUAAAACAGGCCUGAAUACUGUGGUUCAUAGAUUCAACUUCUAAAACCUAGUCGACACGGAUUUUCAUUUUUGCCAUUACGACUUAUACUUAUACCGUUCCGAAUUUGGUUCCAGACUUCCAGUACCGGUAUUUUACGGUUCAAUCACCGGUGCGAUACGGUGUUUUUCUCAUAGGUUCCAUAUAACAAUUCCAAUUCUAAUUCGAAAGAAUGCCAAUUCACCAAUUGGCGGAACUUUCGAGCGUAUCUUGAUGUCCCCAAAUUUUCAAGAGGGCUGCCGAUCGCCCCAGAGGUUAUCUCCGAUCCCCUAAUCAUCUCCUGUAAUUAUAAUUCAGUUGUGAGCGAUGGCACGAUUCUCGGCUGAAGACGACGAAGGACCGAGCAACCGACUCCGUAAACGACUCCGGACAAGCACUACCUCCGCCUCUAUGAAUCCCCCUCCUGAAACCAUGACGAGCUCGGCCGGGGACGACGAGGAAGCUGUGAUACUUAGUGGCGAUGAGAACGAAGAAGAGGAAGUGGAUCUCGAUUUUCAAGUGGCGGAAGAUGAGGAGGAUGAUGUGGAGUGGGAUGCGGAGGGCGAGGAAGAAGAGAUAGAGGAAGAAGAGGAGGAAGAUGGCGAUGACGACGAGGUUGAUGACGAUGAAGACGAUCACGACCAAGCAGAGCAGCCGGGCCGACAUACGCAGAGUGCGGAGAGUAGCAGAAACGGUUCCGUCUCUGUAACCCUAACUGAUCCUGAAGUGCUCGACUGCUCCGUCUGCUUCGAUACCCUGACUAUUCCUGUCUACCAGUGUGAGAAUGGACACACAGCUUGCAGUCCCUGCUGCACCAAAAUGGCAUACAAGUGUCCUUCAUGCUGUCUGCCUAUCGGCUACAAUCGCUGCAGGGCCAUCGAGAAGGUUCUCGAGUCCGCCUCUGUACCAUGCCUGAAUUCUGUUUACGGGUGCCGAGAGGUAGUUACCUACAGCAAGAAACAGGCUCACGACAAGGCUUGCGUCUAUGCGCCGUGUCUGUGUCCUCUAUCCGGGUGCAACUUCUCCGACUCGGUCAAGCAGCUGUGCGAACAUUUUCGUACUACACACAAGAACCGCACUGUUCGGUUCAAGUACGACACUGUCUUCCCGGCGUUCUUCACCAGUGAUCAUAAGCUCCUUGUUCUUCAAGAGGAGACAGAAGGGGUUCUGUUUCUGCUGACCAACAGUGUGGGGAACGUGGGGAACAUAAUCAAGGUUAGCUGUAUGGGUCCAGCUUCGUACAAAGGAAGGUUCUUCUACGAAGUAAGUGCUAAGACGGAAGACAGCAGUGUCAAGUUUCAGUCGUUUGCAGAGAAUGUACUGAAGAAGGGGAACGAAGCUCCAACUGCUACUGGGGGGUUUCUUUUGGUUCCAGCUAGUUUCUUCGGAAGGUACAAACAGAUUAGUAUUGAUGUCUGCAUUUAUAAUGUCGGCACAUAUCCUAGCGACUUCAUGGGUAACGGAACUGCCUGAUGCGGCUUUCUGCAUCAUCAAUCUUCUCAUUAGCUCAUCGUCGACUACUUAUUUGUUUCACUCCUCGGUUACUGUAGAUUGUGUUGGCCUGGCCCUAUCUGGACAUGGUUACCUUGCCGUAUCUGAUAUUAGCUUGCUGCUAUGUCAUUUAUUUUGAGCGACUUUCUAGUAUGUCUUGAUUGCACAAUAGCUUCGCUCUUUGAUCUGAUAUUUGGCAGUAGGUGUUUGCUUUGGUAAGGGGAUUGGUUAUGUAGAGAAGACCAUCUGUUUUCACAUGUACUUGUGUUGUUAAAUUGCUUGCGUAGGUCACUGGUCACGUCAGUGGAUUAGGUUUCAAACCAAGUGUAGGAUGUUUUGCUAGGAAUGAGAGACAGGAGUGGAGUCGUCACUUUCUGCCUCGCCUGUUUGGUGUAAAAUCCAACACAAGUCAUAUGAACUUUCCACCCACUUAGGCGUGCUCUCUUUUCCAUUUUCUUUCUGUUUGUUUUCGUGUUGUACGUGUUACCCUAACGGAGGGGCGAGGGCUAUUUCUAAUCAACUUAGAUGGCUAUUCCUAUGCGGAAAAAUUCCCAGAAUGGCCAAGUUAAAAAAAAAUAAAAAUUCUCACUGCACAGCAUUUAAAAAAUAAUUUCGAAAAUGCAUAAGUUUCUCAUAGUUUGUUGCAUAGUUACACGAAUCACUAAGCAGUUCGCUUGCGAUCGGAGCUUGACAUUGUUGGAAAAAGCGGACUCAAUGGUUCGCGGGUCUAGGGAGCAACUAGAGUGGUCCACGGGUUGGCGGAGCCAACAACUUGGUUCGCUAAAACAGUAAGCAAAUUGUUGUGAUUCGCUGACUAGGAAAGGUGAAUGACUAUUCGCUAGGUAAGCGAACAUAAACUUUUCUAUUCACAUAUUUGUACGUAGUUCGCUUUCAAUUUAAAUUAACCACUUCGUUCGCUGUCAAGUGCAGCGAACACUUCCAAUAGUUUGUUUCUUGAUUUUUUAAUGGAGAAAUGAAUAUUUUAACGUUUUUCAUUUAGAUACAUACUCAUACGAGUAGACCUAUCCCGAACACACGCUCUGUGAUAAAUUAACCAAUACGCCAUUAAACAUUUUUGUGUAUCGAGAUACUCGCCUCCACCUGUCGUAUUGUUGUUCCUAGAUUGCACGUUGGGUUCUCUACGUUUAUUGAAUGGAUGUUAGCAUUUUAUUUUUAAAUUUCCCCUUUGUUCAUCUAACAAUUUUGUUUGAGAGCACUUACAACUCUAAGUCGUACCAUAACAUUAAGGGCUUGUUUGGAAGAUGUGAUUUCACGUGAAUGAUUUAAUGAAUACAUGUAAUGGUGAAAUUGAGUUGUUUUUCUGGUUUAUUUUGAAACAGAAUGCAUGUAUUACCUUUUUCUGACCCCACCCACAAUCAUUCAAAUUGAGUGAUUUCAAAUCUCUACUCAAAGUUGAAAUUGUUGAUGAAGGAUUGUCUGCUAAUUUUUUAUUCCAUCUUUGUCCCUUCUAUUUCUAUCUUAUUUUAGAAUUUCCCUCAUAAUUUGCUUCUCUCUCCCAUCGUCGUUCCUCCGCACACUAACUGCAUCUCUUCCUUCCUCUCCUCUAGGCUCUAGCGAAAGCAACAGGAGUCUGCUCCGGCAAGAUUGCGUCUCCUACCUCACCAACACAACCUUCAAUUUUCAAAACGACCUCCAUCUGGGCUCGAUCCCGAGCUCCCCAUCAUCUACUGUCGCCGAGCUCUGCCGCAAAAAUUCGUCGCUCCAAGCAAUAAUAAAGUCAUAAUGGGGAAAAGCUUCAGUCACUUUGUCUCACUAUUUCUUUCCGUCUCCAAAAGUUCCAAAUUCCAAAUUUUAUUGUUGCAAUUGUUGGUUGCAGGGGCGGUGAGGGGAAGGGGAUUGGUAUAAAAGAAUCUGGGUUUUUGGGUUCUCAAGUGAAAAUGUGGCAACUCUCGGAGAGGAAGUUCGAGCCGUAGGGUUGAUGACAACGAAAGGGCAAACUUGACUUUAUUUACUAAAAUGAGUGUUUUUUUUUAUUUGCAAAAAGUAGAAUCACAUUAAACAAACGAUGUAUUUGUCAAAUGCAUCUAUUCAGACAAUACAUAUAAUUACAAUACAUAAAUUGAUAGAAUACAUCAAUUGUAUGAAUCACAACCUCCAAACAUGCCCUAAAUGUAUAAGUUUAGGUUGUACCAAAAAUGAAUUUGUACCAUUAUGUUAUGGUGCAACUUUACAACUUGAAGUUGUACCAUCACAUAAAUGUACAAGUUCAAGUUGUACCAUAAAUGAAUUUGUACAAAAAAUAUAGGUACAAUCUGAAGUUGUACCAUAAUGUUAAAGGUACAAUUUUAAGUUGUAACAUAAAAACAAAAACCUAUACCAUCAAUUUUAUAUAGCAUUGUAAAAUUCAUCUUGAUUUGAAUAAAUUACUUGAUUGAUUGCUCCAAAGAGGCAUAUGUAUACUCUGAUUCUCAUUUUUUAGGCAUUUGUAUGCUCUAAAUCUUUUUUAAUUUGUUAUCUCAUAACCUUUCAAAUGAUGGAUGUAUCGUAAAACGAGGAAAUGAGAGAAUAUAAAAAGUGGGUUAAAUGAAAGAGCGGAUCAAGAUUUUAAAGACGCAUUCUAAAAAGUAGGGAACAUAAAAAGUGGGUUAAAAGUUAAAACUAGUGAUUGGAUAAAAUUUUCCAGAGGCGUCUGUUGUUCGAAGGCGAAGAUUUUGAGGACCUAGAUGGAACUUUUGUAUUGUUUAAACUAUAUAUACAUCCAUUUGCUGUUCUUAAAAUUUUCGUAAACUAUAGGUAAAUAGGGAUGACAAUUUCGACCUGACCCAAUUUACCCGACCUAUUUGGCCUGUUUUGGGUAAAAAGUGGGUUAAAAGUUAAAACUAGUGAUUGGAUAAAAUUUUCCAGAGGCGUCUGUUGUUCGAAGGCGAAGAUUUUGAGGACCUAGAUGGAACUUUUGUAUUGUUUAAACUAUAUAUACAUCCAUUUGGUGUUCUUAAAAUUUUCGUAAACUAUAGGUAAAUAGGGAUGACAAUUUCGACCUGACCCAAUUUACCCGACCUAUUUGGCCUGUUUUGGGUAGGUCUGAUCCGCCCCGUAGGCGGGGCAGGGCGGGUAUGGGUACCUCUCACUGACCGGACCUGUCCCGACCCGCCCCAUUCUUGACCCGUUCCUGCCUAGAUUACCUGUAAUCUUAGUCAAAUUACUUAGAAUUUUCCUCUUAUUACAUCAUAUUUUAGCUAUAAUAAAGUUGUAAAUAAGUAAAAACCUCAAUUUCUCCAAUAACUUAACUACAUUUUAUCAUAUAAUGGUUUCUUUCUUGGUCUUUUAAUGAAAAGAACGAAUAUUUCUAAUGUGUUUUGCAUAAAUUACAUACCCAUUGGGUCGACCUGCCCCGACCCGCCCCGUUAUAAAUUACCCGAACUGGACCCGACCUGCCAUGGGGCGGGUAUGGGUAUUGAGAUACCCGCCCUGGACCUGCCCCAUUGCCAUUCCUAUAGGUAAAGAGUAAGGGCGCUCGCAUGAAAGUUAUUUAUAUAGGUCACCAUGUGCAUGAGCUAGAGCCCAUGUAUGUACGAGGUAGCUCCCUUAAUUAAUUAAGGAAAAGAUCUCUUGUCACGUUAGAUGACAGAACACCUAAUAACAGUUCAUUCAUCGAUUCACGCUAUUUUAUACUCACUCAUGCCAUUUUGUGCUCAUUCACGUAAUACUAUGGUGAUUUACGUAAGAGUGUAAGUUUUUCACGUAAAUGGAAAUUCGUACUUUUUCCCCCUAAUAAUUUGUAUUGGCUAUAUUUUAUGGAAUAAAAUUUGGCAUUUAAUCUGCACAAAUAUGUUGCAUUGAUCCUAAUCUAUAGAAUGACAUCCAUUUUGAUAUAUUUCAAAGUUUAAAAUUUUAUUUUACAACGGCGUGAAUAAUUAACAAUAUGCCUGAAUAAACAUCAGGUGGCGUGAUGAUAAUCGACUUUAAUAUAUCGGAUUCUUAAACUUUAUGUGACUAUCCUAUGAUCUGUUUAAGCCGAUUGGUGCUAUUUUAGGGCUCGCUAACCCGAGAAUGGUUGAAAAAUCAUUACUGCCUAGUGCCAUGAGUUUGAUAUGUUACAGGUGGAGAAAGCACGAAAAAGAAGCGAGUGCGUAGGGGAAUUAUUUUGGGAGACUUUUAAUGAGGAGAGAUCUCUUGACAAAGGAACUUGUUAGAAUAUGACUUGAAUUUGAUUUGGGUUUGUUUUGUGUUUUAUGCCUAUUUUGUUUGGGUUUGUGUUUGGGCUUUGUUUGACCUUUUCCUAGUAUGUUUGGGAAAAGGUGUUUGGUUUUCUGUUUGGGAUUAGGAGAAGAGUUCUAUAAAUACUCUUCAUCACCCUAGUUUGUAGUAAGGGUCAGUCAGGUUAGUUUGUUUGGUUUGUCCGUUCCGGAAUUUGGUUUGUAACCUGUACUCUCCUCAAAUUAGUGAAAUUUGUUCUCCCCUGCCCGUGGAUUAGCUAGCACACAUUGUCACUACAAGAAAACCUAGAAACAGAGACAAAUAAUUAGAGACAGUUAUUCUAAUAGUCUCUAUAGCUAAUCUUUAGGAGCAAAAAUAUUAUUUGUUGCAAUAUGUAAAAUUAUUUGUCUCUAUUUCAUAAAAGUCUCUUAUAAUAUAUAUAAAAUAAAUUAAAAUAAUAUCAUUAGAGGCAUUUAUCUUAUUUGCGUCUAUAUAAUAUAUAAAUGAUACAUAUUAAAAAAAAUUUAAUUGCUUUUAGAAACACAUACAAAUGUUACUUAUAGUAUGUCAUAUAGAGGCAAAAGAAAUUAUAUUUAAAAGCAAAUGCAAAUGUCACCUAUAUGUUAUAUGUAUGUCCUAUAGACACAAAUAUAAUAGUAUUUAGAGACAAAUACAAAUAUCGCAUAUAAUUAAUCUGAUUGUUCUUAAAGUCAAAUCUAAAAAGUGGUAUUUAAAAUAAUAAUUUUUAUUUAUUCAUUUACUCAUUUUUAUUUUCUCAGUUAUGCGAAAUAAAGGAAAGAUUCAAUUUUUAUCUCAGUUAAUCAUUCUGUAUAAAAUAAAUAUUUGAUUUAUUGAAUUAAAAUAAUAUUUUAUUUGUUUAUUUAUGCGUAUUGAUAUAACCUCAACCAAAAAAAAAUCUCCCAAAUCCCUUAAAAAUAGUACUUAUAAGUAAUUACUACAUCGAAAACCUUUCCCACUUCCAUACGCAGGAAGUAACUAACCAUAAAUCUUCCCUCAAUCUCCCUGUUUCGGCUCAAGAUAGGGUGCAUAACCAUGGGUUAUGCAUCCAUCAAUAACCAAAUCUGGACCCUUCAUUUAGAAAAUCCAGAUUUAAGGAUGGAAAAUUAAGGACCAUUUUUAUGUUUCCUAGCUUUCUUAAUCGGCUCAUAUCUUUUUCGUUUUAACUCGGAUUUUAAUUUUUUUUACACAGAUGGAACGAGUUCAUCGUGCUCUACCAAAUGAGAAUAAUUUUCAAUAUUUUUUUAGAAAAAAAAAAUUUUCUGGCCUCUCGGUACCAACUGCAUACCAUAUGGUAUCUUCUUCGUUUUUAAUUCGUUUUUGAAAAAGUUUGCACAGAAGGGACGAGUUCAUCAUGAUCUAUUGGAUCUACAAAUUUUUGGGUGAACAAAUUACAGGACCAAAAAAUACCACACAAUACCACCCUGGUACGGGGUGGUAUUGUAUGAUAUCUUCUUCGUUUUUAAUUCGUUUUUGAAAACGUUUGCACAGAAAGGACGAUUUCAUCAUGAUCUAUUGGAUCUACAAAUUUCUGAGUGAACAAAUUACAGGACCAAAAAAUACCACACAAUACCAUACAAUACCACCCGGGUACGGGUGGUAUUGUAUGGUAUACAAUGUUAAAAGUCGUAAAUGACAAUUAAUAUACUUCUGCUAUCAUGCAUUCAACCAUCCUACAGUUUUUGUUUGUUCAUACCACCAUGGUACGUUUUUCAAACCAUAGGUAUGCUUUUAUUUCAAUACCAGUCAAUACCAUAUGGUAUAGACUGGUAAAAAAUGGCUCAAUUUUUUUUGUUCGAAAAAUAUAUUAAAGUGGAUAUCAUUUUGAAGAGCACAAUUAAUCUGAUCUAACUGUGCAAAAAAAAUUAAAUUUUGACUUAAAAUGAGUGAGAAAUCGUCCGCCAAAGAUUAAAGAGGGGAAAAUUAAAGGCUUUCCAGGAGAGAGAAGAUGCUGAUGUGGGCUAGUUACUCAUGGUUAGUUGGUUACUCACCAUAAGGUUACUGACCUGAUCCGUUCCCCCCUGUUUCUUCCUCAAAUCUCCAGAUCUAGAUCUCUAGCUACUUUCUUUUUACCACCGUGAAAGUCUGUUCAAAUUCCCUCAAACUCCAGCCGGCGAACUGAAUCGUCCGCCCAUAACCUGCUCGCUAGUCUUGGGUUAUUCCAAAUACGCAUUCCGACGAAGGAAAUUCGGAUCCAACGCAGCCCAGCUUCCUACGCUUGCGACGACGGUGUGUUCGGUGAACAUCUUUAACCCGCUGAACUGUGCAUGGAGGAGGGAAAACGUCGAUGGUCUAGCAAGGUGACAAUGACAUGAUGCCAGUAGUAUAGACGGCACGAAAACAGGUGAGAAUAGAUCUAUCUCUCCAAAGUGGAUUGGGUUAUUAUUUUAGCAUAUUUGAGAAUAGAUCUAUCUCUCCAACAGUGUUUCGGUGUCUAUCAAGCAAUGGCAUGGUACUUAUUCCAACGAUGACUCAACGCUAGACUGCUCCUUUCUUAGGCUUUCUCUUCGAUUCGGACCUGAAGACGGUACCGGUAACGACACCAAUCCUUGAAGGAGCUCUUUGCCUCGAUGAUCUAGAUCUACAUAUGGGAAGCAAUUUUCAUCUGUUGAUGUAGCCAUCUCCUCCUGAGUGCUUCUAGAUCGAGCUUGAAAAAUCUAGAUCUGAGUGCAUAUCGGCGACGUUUUCAACUGUUAAUUAUGUUGUCCUUGCAGAUCUAGAUCUGGGGUUUUUAUUUAGUGGACGUCGCUUGAACUGGAUUUGGAUUGCAUAUGACGAAUCUCCAAUCUGUUUGUUUGAGGGCUGGAUGGGGCAAGUUUUUGCAAUCGUGAUGGCGAAAAGCAGCAGCGGCAUCACAGAGAUUUAGCACAAUGUAUUUUUUUUUAUGGUUUAGCACAAUGUAUUCUUUAUGUAUUAUGGCAAUGUAUUCAUGUAUUUUACGAAUAAAUGUAUUAAAAAUUAUUAAUAAAAAAUUCAAAUUGUU